AUGUCAACAAUUCAACACACACCCGUCUUAAAACAAGAAACCCCAAAUUUCGAGAUCCUCUCAAAAGUCCCGCUUACUUUACCCGACACGCCUAAUGACAAUAGUGGAGAGGACAACGACGAGUCGCACUAUAUAGUCUACAAAGACAUGUUAAUAGGUUCUUCUUUUUCGAAGGAAGGUAACUCAUGUGCCUUUCUCCCCGACACCCAGUACCGGGUUAUUUCAUUAUUAGGUAAAGGCGUUUUUGGACAAGUCUUUAAAUGUGUAGACUUGUCCACCGGCGCUACUGUUGCUCUCAAAAUACUGAAGAAUAGACCAUCACUCUUCCGACAAGGGAUGUUAGAGAUAGCGAUGCUAACAUGUGCUAGUCGCGGUGGCGGAACGACGCCGAACCACGUCGUGAAGAUAGUUGAUCAUUUCUUAUAUAACCGCCACGUAUGCAUUGUAUUUGAGUUACUUGGGAAGAGUUUAUAUGAAGUUGAACGGCAUUAUCGGAGUAAAAGUGUUGGACUUAAUUUUACUACAAAAGUUGCGUAUCAGAUUUUGAAGGCACUUUUCACAUUUCAAAAGGAACAGAUCAUCCACUGUGACUUGAAGCCCGAAAACAUCUUAUUAGAAGGUGAAGAUAUGGCACAUCCUAUAGUUAAAGUAAUUGAUGUGGGAAGUGCAUGCUUUGAAGGGAAUACUAUUGCACCAUAUAUACAAUCAAGACAUUAUAGAGCACCGGAAGUCAUUUUGGGACUCGAAUGCUCGACAGCUAUUGAUAUGUGGAGCUUCGGGUGUAUUGUGGCGGAACUCUUACUUGGGAUCCCAAUCUUCCCGGGAGAGAACGAAUUCAAUCAGAUCUACAAAAUCAUCGAAAUGAUCGGAACACCAAGCGAAGAACUGUUAAAGAAAGGAGUGAAAACGUCAAACUUUUUUAGAGUGAUGAAAAGAAGAGAGGAAUUCCGGUAUAUGUUAAUGACGCCACGGGAAUAUGCGUACGUGUCAAAUAGUAGAUACGCUGAAAGUAAAAGAUACCAUAAGUAUAAGAACUUAAAGGAAUUUUGUGAGGGAGUUGAAUUAAUGAAUAAAGACGAGAAAAGUGAUUGGGAGAAAGAAAGUGAAGAAAUCCAAAAACAACAAAGUGAGAAGGAAAGUGAAGAAAGGAAAUUAAUCUUCGACUUUCUGAGCAAAAUCUUCGUCUUCGAAGCGGAUAAGAGAAUGUCCCCGUUUGAAGCGGCUCAACACCCACUGCUGAGAAAAUAUUAUGAGAAGGAUAAGGAGUUUUGGAGGGCUGGAUUCGAGAAACAAAACGAUGGGAUUGAAAAGAAUGUGCCGAUGGAAAAAGUCAUCACACGAGUGUUUGGAAAAAGUCAAAGCACUCAAGAAAUCCAAAAUCAAUGUUUUGAUUUUAAAAAUUAUUAUAUGAUUUAUACAACUGCUUUAUGGAAUGGAAUUGUUCUCAGCUCUACAACUGCAAAUCCAUUCCACUGUAAACCAUUGAGAUUUCAAAUCAGAGAACCCAAGAUUGUCAAGAGCGAAAAAGAGAAGAAGGAUUAUAUAAAAUGA